AUGGUGAAGCAAGCGUUCCCAUUCAAGGGCCUGGUCUUCUUGGAGUACCUGAUGGAGGUGGCCUACGGGGACCACCGGGAAGAGCACACGACGCUGCAGGACAUGGCGGCCGUCUGCUGCGCCAUCAUCUCCACGCAGAAUGCCACCGAUGCCAGCACGCCCACCGUGAACGUGGCCAGCGUGGUGAAGGACAACGCCGCAUUCGUCCAUUCCUUGUCCCGCGUGCCGGACCCGAAGAUGCAAAUUUGGCACUACCGCCUGCUCACGGGCUGGAGUCGGAGGCCCAAGGUGUUGGAUGACCUUGUCGGGGACGCCGAAUCUUUGAAGUUCAUCGUGGAUCACCUAUUGGAGACGCACCUCUGCCGCUACAGCGUGGUGAUCGUGCACAACAUCAGCAUGUUGAGGAGCGGGGCACUUAUCUCCCAGGAGGGCCACCUCUCCACCAUCUGCGAGGCUUAUCGACAGCUGGGGCCCGGUGCAACGCUCCACCGUGGGGACGAGGACCAGCGUCGGCUCGUUCGACGUCUCCUCCUCGCGUGCGUGCGGAACUGCUUAUGGAAUUCCUCCGACAUCCAGAAGGAGCUUGCAGAGAGCGACAUGGGCAACAUCAUCCUCCUGGUUGACUGCGUGGAGGAGACGGACCUCCCUUUCUUCAUGGCAAUGAUCAUGUAUAUCUCCGAGGGCUGCAACAUCAACCGCGUCCGUCAGGUCAUGUACGGCAACCCGAAGAUGUUGGAGCUCUUCGUUCGGUCUAUGAACCAGCAGGUCACUGCCUGCGUGGUGAACAUGGACGCGCAGAAGUUUGAGUCCAGCCUCUACGGCCUUAUCACGGAAGAGGAAGCAAGGCGGGCGGAGCAGUAUGAGGCCCUUGUCGAGCACCAGGAUGCCAUCUCCUCGGCACCCAAGAAGCAGACAGAGGCCUACAAGAAGCUCCUGGCCAUUCCCGGUUCUCCGGCAGCGCGCGGUUUGGGGAAGACCGCCAGCUUGUACCAGAGGAGCCGUCGCAAGGGCCUCCAUCCAGUGUCGGCUGCAAAAGGCGAGAUCGGCUCCUCGCUGGGUGGCGGUGGCGGUGGCCGAAAGUUUUCUGAGGUGGAGGAGAGAAGAGGGCAGCAAGAGUUCCUCUACUUUGCUGCUGUGGAGUUGCUGACCUUCGGCACCUUUGCUGGGGAUGACCAUGACAAGAACUACCCACCUCCUGAGGAAGCGGAGCCCCACAGGCCAGAGAUCGUCGAGGCGCUAGAUGCGGCGUUCAGCAAGUUUCCGGUGCAGACGUACCUGAAGAUUUUGGCGGAGCAGGUGCAGAUGCACAAGAACAUGAAGGUGGUACUGUCGGACAUGUUCGUGCACGUCACCACCAAAUUCCUCUGGCAUUGUUGGACGCAGCCCAUCUUCCAGCGCUACCUCGACACCCCGGCAAACCUGCAGAUCAUCGCGCAGCUCAUCCCCUUCUUCAUCAGCUGGCCGAACCCGGAUGUUCAGAGCAUGAUCGCGGAGGUCUGUUUGUAUGGCGGGCUCCACCGAUUUACCUCUGUCUGCGACAUCCUCAUCGCCGAGUACCGGGAGUACCCAGAGCUCUCCUGCGCUUUGCUCACGCGCUGCUUGAUCAGCCCCAUCGAGGAGACGGGGCUGAAGCCCAAGCAGGCUGUCGGCUUCCUUCGCAUCUUCGUCUGCUUGCUUCAGGAGCGCGCGCUGAGCCACACUGGGCUGAAACGACUGGCUGUGGGCUUGGAGACGGCUUUGGUGAUGGACAAUCCCAAGGGCCUCUGUGGCAUCCUUGCGCAGAGGGAGCACGAACUUCUUGCUGAGCUUCUGGAGGCCUUGUCGCAGUACAGCGAGUCCGCCUCGGUGAAGCAGUGCAUGGUCGUGGCGCUCACCAGGACGGUGGGCAAGCACUACAAGGCCUUGCCCGAGCUGGACGACUUCAUCCUGCGAAUCCUGGACAUGUCGGUCCCCCUUUUGGACGCCGAGUUUACGCUGUACAUGCCCGUCCUCUACAGGAUGGCCAGUGAGGGUGGGCGGCGGGUGCAAGGGCCGAUGCUGACGAGACACAUUCACCUGCGGGUGGCACGCCUUCUGGAACAGGCUGUGGCGGGGCUCGAAGCGGACCAGCACAAGAUCGAGGGAUACAACGACGAGGACGGAUGGCGGAGGUUGAUCUUCGCUCUUGACCCUUAA